CCAAUAAUAAAAGAAAAAUUGAACUUGUCUUCUAAAUCUCUCCUCCAACUUUCAAAAGAACCGAUCAUCCAAGUCCAUUUAUAUUACCAUCUCUCUCUUCAUCUCUCAAGGAAAAGAACAGUGAUCACAUGGCUAAUUCCAUCUCCGAUGACCCCAAGAACCCACUUCUCCUUAAUGACGAGAUCCAAAGGGGGCAAAGCUUCCGUUCCACUCUAACAUCCAUAUUUACGCCCAAAAACUUCUCCAUCAUCCUCGGACCACUUCUGGCCUCCAUCAUUUGCCUCUGGGUGAAGCUGGAUGCCCCCGUGGCCGGUCGCAACAUGUUGGCCAUUCUUGCCUGGGUCUUUGCUUGGUGGCUCACUAAGGCCGUGCCCAUGCCCGUGACCUCCAUGUCCCCGCUCUUCCUCCUCCCACUUUUUGGGAUUUCCUCUGCCGAUGAGGUUGCGCACUCUUACGUGGACGAUGUGAUUGCCCUUGUUUUAGGCAGCUUCAUACUUGCUCUUGCUGUCGAGCAUUACAACAUUCACAGAAGAUUGGCCUUGAAUAUAACGCUUAUAUUUUGUGGAGAUCCAUUGAACCCUCCACUCCUACUUCUGGGGAUAUGCGCCACCUCAGCCUUCGUAAGCAUGUGGAUGCACAACGUGGCGGCGACAGUGAUGAUGAUGCCGGUGGCCACCGGAAUCAUACAGCGCAUUCCCACGGGCCCUACUCAAUCCAACGCUGAGAAUAAGUUCUGCAGGGCAGUGAUUCUUGGGGUGUUGUACUCUACUGCCCUGGGAGGGAUGAGCACCCUUACUGGGACUGGUGUCAACCUCAUAUUGGCGGGCUUGUGGAAGAGCUUAUUCCCUCACGAACAGCCUAUCAGCUUCAGCAAAUGGUUCUUUUUUGGAUUCCCUUUGGCUUUGUUGAUCCUUUUUGCAUUGUGGGGUAUACUUUGUUUGUUCUAUUGCACAAGGGAUUCAGGGCAGGUUCUCUCUGCUUAUUUGGACAAAGCCAAUUUGAAGAGGGAGCUUGAACUGUUGGGUCCAAUGGCUUUUGCCGAGAAGAUGGUGCUGACUGUGUUUGGGAUGCUGAUAGUUUUGUGGAUGACAAGAAGCAUAACAGAGGACAUUCCUGGUUGGGGAGCUCUUUUCAAUGGCCGCGCUGGUGAUGGAACAGUUAGUGUGAUGAUGGCAACUUUGCUGUUCAUAAUUCCAAACAAGAAGCAAAAGGGAGAGAGGCUGAUGGACUGGAACAAAUGCAAGAAGCUACCCUGGGACCUUAUUCUGCUUCUAGGAGCUGGGUUUGCCAUAGCAGAUGGAGUCCAGUCUAGUGGCCUCGCUGAAAUGCUAUCAAAAACCCUAGAUUUCUUAGAGAGAGCUCCAUACUUAGCCAUUGCCCCAGCUGUCUGUCUUGUUAGCAGUAUCUUGACAGAGUUCAUCACAUCCAACAACGCCACUACCACACUGGUAGUCCCUCUUCUUGCCCAAAUAUCCGAAACCAUGCACGUGCACCCGCUCCUUCUCAUGAUCCCUGGAGCCAUUGGAGCGCAGCUUGCUUUCCUACUUCCCACGGCAACACCAUCAAAUGUUGUUGGCUUUGCGACUGGAUACAUUGAAGUAAAGGAUAUGAUCAAGAUUGGAUUGCCACUUAAGAUUGCAGCAAUUGCUGCACUGUCCAUUCUGAUGCCUACGCUUGGAGCUUCUGUUUUUGGGAUAAAUAAAGACGUUUUGUAACAUGGAAAAUUCCCAAAUGUGGUUGCAAUAUCCUGCAAAUUCUCGGGGGCAUGCCCAUGGAACCAGUUUUUACUAUCCCCUUGGCAAAUGAAGGCUACUUGUAUAGCCACAAGGAAAGAAUAUGAUUCAAUUAAAAAAAUAUACAUAUAUUAGGAAACUAAAGGUCGGCAUGUUAUUAUUGCAUUUCUUUGGGGUGUUUUGUACAUUUAUCUCAUGCAAACACAAUUAAAUAUGCAAGAUUGGUAGAGUUAUCA